UCAAGAUCUGGCUGGCCAGUAGAAAAGUCUACGGAGCUGAUCGGCAGCAUGGGGGGCCACGAGCACCACCGCGAGGGCCACAAGAGCUCGCGCUCGGGCGUGUGGGAAGGCUCCGAGAAGCUUAAGAAGGCGCUGGAGGGUUUAGCCACUGCCAAGGGUGUAUCACAGAGUCGCAUCGGCGCAGUCGCUAAGCUGGCGUCGCAUUACUCAAAGGUGCGGACGGCUGGGAGCAGCAUGGAGUGAGAUGUUUUGGUCUGAGUUCGUUUUUAUAUGCUGAUAGUUCUACAAACAUGUGGUGCACGAUAUCGAAGUGUUUUUGUGGAAGGCUGAGGUCGAGCACCGACUAGCCGGUGAGGCUUUAUAUUUUGUUAUUGAUAUGGAUACCCGUUCUUAUAAUAUUUAUUAUUGUUAUGAUUAUCACAGGACUUUAUGCAAUUGACGCCAUCAUCCGACAGUCUCAUACCAAGAAUGGCUCGAAGGACACGUACGUUAAGCGCUUUUCUAUCCGGAUGGCAGACACAAUUGCGGCGGUUAAAAAAGUCCCUGAACAGUUCCAGGUUUGAGAGAGUGAAAAUGAUGCUGAAAGGGAUGAGUUCACGUGAUGUAACUUGUUUUUUUUUUUACUCUUGUUUGUGGUUUACAGCCCAAGGUUCGGCACGUGAUUGAGGAGUGGCAGAAGCGCGGAAUUUACACGUCCAAGCAGAUUGAAGAUCUCGGUGGACACGAAUAUAUGCUCCAGGAGGACCGAACGGGGAAUGUCACGCCUCGUGCGUCGCCAGGAAAGUUGGCGUCAUUACUUUCUAUUAUCAAGCAGAAGAAGGAGGAGAAAGACCACGCCAGUGAUCAACACGGACGGCCACCUUAUGACGACAGAGAAAGACACCAGAGAGCCGACUCUGGGGCGUACAGCCAUCACAGUUAUGACGAGCGGCGAGGAAAUGACCAGCGCCCCGACCGCAGAGAUGUCGGUGGCAUUAUGGGCGAUGCACCCGGUAUUCCAGUCGGGAGUCGCAUGCGGAGAGACCCAGACGACCGCCCUGGGGCCUUGAAUGAUCGUGACCCAAAGAAGGCUCGCGGGUCCCGAUGGGGGCCAUCUAAGUCGGACAACGUGUCCUCAAACGAUAGACCAUCCCCAAUAAUUACGUCAUUCGACAGAGACGGAGCUUAUCGUCAAGAUAAUGGCAGAUCUGGUUACGGUUCCCCUCCGGGAUCAUCUCGUCAGACGUCAAUAUUGCAAUCUCCUCGUGAGGGCCCACCAAGACACGAAGAGUGGAACCGAAAUGCGCCUCCCUCUCGUGGUUCAGGCGCUGGCUGGCCGCGUGAAAAUGUGCGAUCUCCGCAGUCUGGAGGUCUAGGUAGACAGAAUGUGAGCCCUUACGAACAGGGUGGCAUGCAACGAUCCCCAUUUUCUGGGUCGGAUGACCGACGGAGUCCUGGCAAUCGCAUCCCCGGAACGUCUGGAGAGCUUUGCCGCAACUUUCUAGCUGGCCGAUGCACGUUUGGCGACCGUUGCUGGCACAUGCACGAUCCACGAUCUGCUUCUUCUGGUGGGGGUCGCUCCGAAAUGGCUGAACUUAAGCGCAAAACUGUGCUGUGUAACAACUACCCACUGGGCAUGUGUCGCUUUGGAGAUAAAUGCAGUUUUGCUCAUGGUGAAGAAGAGCUGGACAAGUCUGCACGAUAUCCGCCAAGACCCCCUGCCCACGGCGACCAAAGUGGAGGUCGCUGGCAACCGUCGCCGAGUCAAGGCAUGGAGCAACCCCGCGUCUCGCCUUCUGCUAAUGCACCUCCAUCUUCUCAAGCUAGAUCUUAUGGAGCCCCGCAAGUAUAUAAUGAACCACACGGUGAUCGCGGCAGUAGAGGAGGUGAUUCAUCUGUGUCUUAUGCUAAUGCCGCUGCGCCAUCACCAAAUGGGCGCCGGCUGCUGCCCGAUCACCAAACCGUCUCAGGGCCACCCCCACAAGUUUAUCAGGGCACUUACGCCUCGGCUCCGUCUCCUUACGGUGCCGGUGGUGGCUCGACGUAUGCACCUCCAGGUCAAGAUCGCAGCCACGUCCCAGGCAAUGUCCCCGUUUUACCAUCCCCUGCUAGUCAAUCAUAUGGGGACCGGGCUGCUGUGCCGACUGGCAGCACCAAGGUCCUUGCGGACGACGAUGAAGGCGAUACCGCCGAACCGGAGUUUACUCUGGAGUACGAUGACGAAGACUAAAAUGGAGAUAAUUGACCAGAGCCAUUUAUCAAAUCACUUUGUGACCUCGGAUGUAUUCCAAGCAGAGGUCCAGGCUGGAAGGUACCUAGUCCAAGAACUGGCCAACAAAUACGAGUGGUCACAUAUAUCGAUGCAUUAACUUUUGAGGCGUAGGUAACGUAAGAAGUUUGAGUAAUUUCAAUACUUGAUUUGCAUUACCUUGCCGUGCCGUGUCC